GCGCGCGCGAGCCGGCGGGAGGGCGAGCGAGUAGCGUCUCCACCAGCAUCUGCCGCGGCCGCGUUUGCCCGAAGCUCGGAGACCGACGGACGGACAGAUCGCCUGGCGGACAGACGAGGGCUCUCGCCUUGGGCUCGGGGCCAGCUUCGGCGAGGCUCGGGGCUUGCAGCGCGCGGCUUCUGCGCCCGCUCACCGCCACCCCGGCUCCGGCGGCCUCGACGCGCCAGGGGGCUGGAGGUGCGGGAGCCGCUCUCCACCGGUCGGUGCCCGCGCGGCUCAGCCCCGGCCGCCGCGCCGCGGCCCGGAGCUGCGUCCCCGAUCCCCUGCUCCCCGCCGGGCUGCUCUGAGCAACGGUGCUCCGGGGCUCCAAACUCGGGCUGCCGGGGCAAGUGUCUUCAUGAACCCAGAGGAUGUCCGGGAAGCACUACAAGGGUCCUGAAGUCAGUUGUUGCAUCAAAUAUUUCAUAUUUGGCUUCAAUGUCAUAUUUUGGUUUUUGGGAAUAGCAUUUCUUGGAAUUGGACUGUGGGCGUGGAAUGAAAAAGGAGUUCUGUCCAACAUCUCUUCCAUCACCGAUCUCGGCGGCUUUGACCCAGUUUGGCUCUUCCUCGUGGUGGGAGGAGUGAUGUUCAUUUUGGGAUUCGCAGGGUGCAUUGGAGCACUACGGGAAAACACAUUCCUUCUCAAGUUCUUUUCUGUGUUCCUGGGCAUUAUUUUCUUCCUGGAGCUCACUGCUGGGGUUCUGGCAUUUGUUUUCAAAGACUGGAUCAAAGACCAGCUGUAUUUCUUUAUAAACAACAACAUCAGAGCGUACAGAGAUGACAUUGAUUUGCAGAACCUCAUAGACUUCACGCAGGAAUAUUGGCAGUGCUGUGGGGCUUUUGGAGCUGAUGAUUGGAACCUAAAUAUUUACUUCAAUUGCACAGAUUCCAACGCAAGUCGAGAGCGGUGCGGCGUGCCAUUCUCCUGCUGCACUAAAGAUCCUGCAGAAGAUGUCAUCAACACUCAGUGUGGCUAUGAUGCCAGGCAAAAACCAGAAGUUGACCAGCAGAUUGUAAUCUACACGAAAGGCUGUGUGCCCCAGUUUGAGAAGUGGUUGCAGGACAAUUUAACCAUCGUGGCUGGUAUUUUCAUAGGCAUUGCAUUGCUACAGAUUUUUGGGAUCUGCCUGGCUCAGAAUUUGGUUAGUGAUAUUGAAGCUGUCAGGGCUAGCUGGUAGAGCCCCACAUCACUGCUAUAAGACACUGGACAGACCCAGCCUUCCUGACCCUCCAGCGUGCCCAACUGAAUCCACGCUGCAAUCCCACGUGAUGGAACUGCCGAGAACUUGGUUUGGGGCGGGUACAACUGGGAAAUGCUGCUCACUGACAGAAUUAAAAAGAUAA